ACUGCGCGGCGUCGCAAAUUGCGCGCACACAAAAACCCACCCGGCGACAGCUGCACGAUUAAAGAAAGACGACGCAUUCGCUCGAGCCGUCGCUUCGAAGUUCCAGGAAUCCCAGCUGCCGCAUCGGUCGAGCAGCGCCGACUCAAAUUCGCUCUACGGCAUCUGUGCGAGCUUUAAACACCGUGGCAACGUCGCCUGAUCGAAAUCGAAACACAUGCCUUUCUCGAAAAGGAAUUUUCUCAAGAGUGCGCAGUGCAAGAGGAGUUCUUACAAAAGAGUUGCGGAAAACGCGAUAUAAUAAUAAAUUAUACUGAACAGCAUUCUGAACAGUACAUCGCAAAAACUAAUAACUGGAAUACAAAGCAGCAACACCUGAGGCAUCCUGAUACACCAGUCCCCACCAUGACAGUCGCCAUGACAGACGUCGCGUACGUCGGCCUGCUUCUCAUCUCAGUCGUAGCAGGCAACUUCGUGCACCGCAUCAAGGAGGUACGACACCGCCGGGUCUACUGCACGGCACUGGGAGCCUUUCUGGUUCUGAUAGUGUCCGGUCGCCAUGCCGUACACCCCUGCGUCGUCAGCGUCGUCAAUGCCUUCAUCAUCACCACCUGCUCCAUCAAAUAUCGGGCAAAGGCAAGCUUUGUGUUCUGCUUUGGAUACCUUGUGUUCUUCAAGUAUCUGAAGUUGUGGAGCACCAACCCACCACCGGGCAUCACCAACCUUGUCCAGAUGAUGCUCACACUUCGAAUGGCAGGACUGGCCAUGGAACAGCAGAUCGUCCACGAGGAGCACCAGGAAAAGGGGACCGAGAAGCAGACGUACGAAGAGGGCGACAUGAAGCCUGGCUUUUGGGACGUCAUUGACUAUGCCUUCUGCUACAUAGGCGUGCUCGUCGGACCGUACUACCGGUACCGGACGUACCGGGACUUCCUGAACGCCCCCUACUUGGAGUCGGUCAACCGCAAAGGCAUGUGCCUGAGCCGUGUCAAGGUGGUGCCAAUAUACGCUCUGCUCUGGCUGCUCUUCGUGCAAUUCUUCCCACCUGAUUACUUUGGCUCCGUGGACUUCUACCAGCGUGGACUGCUCUACAAGUUGCUGUACCUGACGCCCAUGUUCAUCAUCUUUCGGCUACGGAUUUACAUUGGCUUCGUGCUUGGCGAGUGUGUCUGCAUCAUGGCUGGUCUCGGCUGCUACCCGACCGAAUCCAAGGCAGCGCCUGGGGUCGGCCCGACCGACAUCGAUGGACUGCUCAAUGUGUGGCAGGGCAAAAGUGGCAACUGGCAGCAGCAGGAGUUCGACUACGAGACUGUACAUAACAUCGACGAGACACAGGCCGAGCUGAGCACCACCAUGCGAAUGGGCAUUCGCAGUUGGAACCGCACCGUCCAGUAUUGGCUGGCUGUCUACUUCUACAAGCGGCUGCCGCUGCCCAAACCACUCAGGGCAAUGCUGACGAUGACCCUCAGCGCCAUCUGGCACGGACUCGAGCCGGGCUACUUCUUGUGCCUGGUCACCUCGACUGCUUACAUAGUGGGCGAGGAGCAGGUGGAAGUGGUGGUGGAGCGCCAGCGCUCCCUGGUGGCGCGCCUCGUGGGGCGUCUGCUCCUCUGGUUCUGCAAGAUGCAGUCCUUCACGUACAUGCUGGCUGCGUUCCUCCUGCUCGACGUCCAGCGCACCUGGCAGUACUACCACUCCGUCUACUUCGUGGGCCACGCCUACGUCGCCGUGCUCCUGCUGUGGCGGCUCGUGGCGCCACUCCACCGGGCGCCAAGUGCCAAGCUCAAGCAGUAGGAAGCGACGGCGCAAGCAGACGGUGCAAGUGCAUG